AUGCAGUUCUCCACUCUCCUCAUUGCUGCCGGCGCUGCCGUUGUCGCUGCUGAUAGCACCUCGACUCUGACUGCUACCACCACCAAGACCUACACCAUCACUCAGUGCCCCGAGACCGUCACAAACUGCCCUUACCGCACUCCCACCGUCCCUGUGACCACCUCUGAGGCUGCUUCCACCACCGAGGCCACUUCCGCUGUUGAGAUCACCACCUCUGCUGCCGAGACCUCCUCUGCCGCCCCGACUUCUCACUACUGGCCCGUCUCCAACUCCACCACUGCCACUGCUGCUGGCACCAACCCCGUCGGCACCGGUGCUCCCACUACCAUUGUCACUAUUCCCUCUGGCACUGGUGUCCAGCCUACUGGUCCUGCCGCCAGCGGUCCUGCCGGCACUGGAAGCGCUCCCCCUACCGUGCCCACCAGCGGUGCUACCAAGGAGAUGGCUCAGUCUGGCGUCAUUGCCGUUGCCCUGGCUGCCGUCUUUGCCCUCGUCUUCUAG